CACACGGCCCCACCUUACCAGAGAGAGAGGAUCGCAGACUGACAGACACUAACAUCUAUAAAAGUGGACACCACAAUUUUGCAAAGUCAUUGAACCCUGAGCUCACUUACAGUCCAAAGGAAGCCAUGCUGGACGAAGAUGGAUACAUCACUUUAAAUAUUAAAACCCGAAAAUCAGCUCUCACCUCAGUUGACUCUGAUAACUCAUCUCUGUGGCGUGUGAUGGCUUUGAUUCUGCUGAUCUUGUGCGUGGGGUUAAUUGUUGGGCUGGUGACUCUGGGGAUAAUGUCUGUUACAGAGCAAAACUACCAACAAGUGGAGAAUAAAAAUGUCUCAGGAACACUGAACCAAUUAGCAAAGCAAUUCUGCCAAUAUUUAAUAAAACAAUCGGAACCAAAGAGCAAUGUCCGCCAUAAAUGCAGCCCAUGUGACAGAAACUGGAGAUAUUAUGGAGAUAGUUGCUAUGGAUUCUUCAAGCACAACUUGACAUGGGAGGAGAGUAAGCAGUACUGUAUUAACGUGAAUGCUACUUUGCUGAAGAUCACCAGCCAGAAGGUUCUGAAAUACAUAAAGUCCAGGACUGGAUUAAUUCGUUGGGUUGGAUUAUCCCGCAAGAACCCUAAUGAGAUCUGGAUGUGGGAAGAUGGCUAUGUACCCUCCAAAGAUGUGUUUGAGCUUUCUGGAAACGAAAGAGAAAAUAUGAAUUGUGCUUAUUUUUAUAAUGGGAAAAUUUACCCUACUGUCUGUAAGAACAAACAUUAUUUAAUAUGUGAGAAAAAGGCAGGCAUGGUGAAUGUGGACGCACUACUUUAAUGCAAAGAGAUGUCAUAGACAAGUGCUCAAUUUUACAAUGAAAGAUCUGGAUGCAGAACUCACUAGCCAUAAAAUGGCUUAUUUUUCCCUUUAUUUCCCUUGGAGUCACCUUUGCAUUAUCUUUUCUAACAAUACCACUUCAAAAAAAAAAUAUAUAUAUAUAUCCCUUUAUAACAAGGGAUAAGAUAACUUUGUUUCUUCUUUAUACAUCCAGAAGCCUAUCUGUGAAUGAUGAUUGGUUCUCAGUUGUCCUGUUUCCAUGGAUUUUCUUUCUUCUUCUCUUCCAUUCCUAAUCAUCUCAACAUGGUAUGAUUUGGCGCAUUUUCAGACAUAAACAUAUACAUUUUAAAUUGAAAUAAGAAAAGUUAGAACUUAAUUGGCUUAAGCUGUGCAAAAUACCUAAAUCUGAAAGUCAGCAUAAGGUAAUGGAAAGGAUACUAAACUUGGAGUAAGUAGAAUAAUCUAGAUUGUAUGAUUACUUAAUGUACAACCGUGGACCAAUUAGUCAUGUAGUCACUUUAACAUUCAUUUUCUCACAUUUCAGAUAGAAUCGCGCCCAUUAUUUUACAGUUGUACAAUCUAAUAAAACAUCAGAGUCCCAUGAAGGCCAACACCAUGACUUUCCCAUUUGCUGUUGUAUGCCUGGCACCAAACACGGUUCCUGGCUCAGCAGAAACAGAAAGCGGCUUCUCAUUGUGUGAGAAGAUUGAUCUGUAAAACAUUACACAAUUGUGUUUGGAAUCCACCUUCAGUCAGAUUCAACAGCAAAGAAAAUAAAGUUUCCUUCUGCACAAGGAAAACAAAAUUUCUAUGCAAAAAACUUGAUGGUGCUUAAAAAUAAGAAAAAUACUUCUUAACAAGGUCUAUAGGCAAGUUAACAAAGCAGCAAGUACAAAUGUUUUAUCUUUUCCUGACAGUUCUAUGCUUGGUUUUUGCUGAGUAAUUCAUGAAGAAUUUAUAGAUAUGUGGAGAGGCACUCUUUCAUAGGAUAAUAGGCAAAAAUUGCAUUUCUUUCCCACAGCUUCCCUGAAGUACUCUUUCUUCUUACAUUGGUGGUAACAAAAUUUAUAAAUAAGAUUCUGAAACAUCUCAUUUGAGAUGUUUGUUAAAGCAUACAGAUGUUCAAAUACAAAUGCAUAAGGUUCUCAGUGGAAGGCUGAGACAAAGCUACAAAUAAAUUUUAAUAUAUUUUGAGAAAAAUUACAUUAGAACUUGCUCCCUGUGCGGCUUUUGCUAAAUUACUCUGUUUCCUCACUUAUGAAGUGGGCUUGAUAUUAUUACUUUACUCACAGGUAAUAGUGAGGAUCAUUUAGUAUAAUAUAUAAAAUAUUGAAUACAGUACCAAGCAUGUAAUAUAUAUUCAAUAAAUACGUAUUACUUACCUUUGUGCUCUAACACUCAAAGACACUUGAAUCUUUAUCUUGAUGUAGAUUAUCGAUAUCAACAAGCAGAUUUUGGGGGGACUAAGGAAAAAUAAUGCAAAUGCUUCAGAUUCUGUUUCUACUUCAAAUGUCUUGAGAUCUUGGCUUUUGAGGUAUAGUAUCAUUAUUUUACUGUUUUUGCUUAUUGACUUAGAGAGGUGGAAUAGGAACUAAUAAUUCAGAAAACCAUCCAAAAACAACCAACCAUAUCUCUGGACUUUAGUGUUUUAUUGCCCACAAAUGGAAAAACAUAUGUUUAUAUGUUACUAUGGCACCAGUAAAUUUCAAAGAAUAUAUCUUCAUUUAUGGCAAAAAACGUAAUUAAAAAAUGUAAACGUAUAGGGAUGCCUGGGUGGCUCAGCGAUUGAGCAUCUACCUUCGGCUCAGGGCAUGAUCCCAGGAUCCACGAUCGAGUCCCACAUUGGACUGCAUGGAGUCUGCUUCUCCUUCUACCUGUGUCUCUGCCUCUCUCUGUGUGUGUCUCUCAUGAAUAAAUAAAUAAAAUCUUUAAAAUACAUA